GAUAUUUGUGUUUUGAUAUUUUGAUUCGUUGAUUCUGCGGUAUGUAUUUGGUUAAUGUUUUUGUUUGGCUGGUGGUGUUUGCGUUUGCCGGGGGCGAAAUUUUGCAAAAUCCGCCCAAAAAACUCAAGCAACGGAGUUUACUGACGGAUGUUAUGAGGAGUAAUGUGGUGAAUCCUUUUCUGCUCAAUUCCAGGCAGGGACGAUUUUUAUCCCUCUUCACAUUCGUUCAGUUCAGCAACCAGAUCUGCAUGGGAGCCACCGGAGACAAUGGCACCUGCGUUUCCGCCCCUGAAUGCUCCCAGAGGGGCGGCACAGCAAAUGGUCCGUGCGCCGGUGGAUUUGGAACGUGUUGCAUGUUUGUGGCGACAUGUGGAUCGACCAUCCGAGAGAACGGAACUUACUUCGUUCAAGGGGGCUAUCCGAAUCAAUACGAUGGCACCGGCUCAUGUCAGGUUACGCUGGUCAAGUCACAUCCGGACGUCUGUCAGUACAGGCUAGACUUCGACCAGUUCAUCCUAAUGGGUCCCGAAACCACCAACAACAUUUGCAACAACGACCAGUUCAUAGUGUCCGGUGGCAAUCCCGUGCCGCCCAUCUGCGGCACCAACACUGGCAACCACCUGUACGUGGAUGCAGGAACUGGCACGUCCAACCCCGUGACGCUGUCGGUGGUAACCAGCGGCCCCAUGUUCCCGAGAAAUUGGAAGAUCAGAAUUUCACAAAUACCUUGCAGUUCGAUUUACCGAGCUGAAGAGGGUUGUUUGCAGUACUUCACAGGAGUUGCGGGUCAGAUCCGGUCGUUCAAUUAUGAUCCGACUACAGGGUUACAGCUGUCAAAUCAGGACUAUAGUAUAUGCAUUCGGAAUGAGAGGAAUUUCUGUGGGGUGCAGUAUACGCAGUGCGACGAUCCAGCCCACAACCGAAGUCAGUCGUUCACCCUUUCCGGCAAUUCGAACAACGCCGUUCAAGCGAUGGUGGGUAGCACAGGGUCGUCGAAUUUCUGCCAGGCGGACUACCUCAUUAUACCGAUGGCCACGAAUGUGGGCAGAUCCAUCACAGGACCUUCUGCCAACGUAGACAGGAUCUGUGGAGGAGUUUUAAGCGCUGACGUCACGCUACAACCAACGACGGUCAGAAGUACCGUGAAGCCUUUCAGACUGUGGUUUCAUACCGACAGCACCGAAGCACCCAACGACGUCGCCAACAAAGGAUUUUGCUUAAAUUACGUACAGCAGCCAUGCACAAACAAUCUGGCUUGAAAUGCACACUGCUCCAGUUUAUUCUCAGUAGUUAAUUCGAUGGGAUAAUCCCGGUUUCAGAGUUUACCGUAAAAAAUUUAGUGUGUUUUAAAAAUGGCGGACCAUAACAAUGGAGUUUUACGCUUUGGUUUUUAGGAGCAUAAUAAAUUUUAUAUUGUAGUGAAAAUUAAUAGCACGCUGUUACGGCGAAUGGCUGCUUAAUGGCCGUCUUUUUUGUUGAGUAAUUUUAAGAUUAGUGUUAGGAGUGUGUU